AUGCCCAAUCGGAGGACACCGCCGCUUUUCUCGCUUGUGGGGUGUAUCGUGGGAACAAUUUUAGUUGCAUGGUCACCUUCAUCCGUUGGACUUCUCCUCGGUCGAGUCCUUCAGGGUAUUGCUGGCUCUGCUGUUUGGAUUGUCGGCCUUGCCACUGCAGCAGACACCGUGCAUGAAAGUAACAUGGGCAAGGUGAUGGGUGUGAUUAUGACUUUUGCCAGCGCUGGUAUAAUCAGCUGGCCCAUGGUCUCCGGUAUCCUAUUAGAUUCUGUGGGAUACUGGUUGACGUGGUGUGUUCCCGUUGGCACUUUGGUCAUUGAUAUCAUCGUACGUUUAUUGAUGAUAGAAAAUCCCCAGGAUUCGACCCCUGCUUCCUCUGACAGCUCGGAUGAAACAACGUCUCUUCUUCCCUCACAAACGCAAACUGAGCCCCAUGAAGCGUCUACUACAUUCGGCUUCUGGGUCUUCCUGCUUCUUGAUAGUCGUGUGCUGACAGCAUUGGCUGUUACAGUCUUGACCACGGCCAUUCUCACCAGUUUCCAUGCCACACUUCCUCUGUGUGCAGAGGAGGCAUUUGGAUGGAAACCAAGACAGGUUGGAAUAAGGUUCUUUCUCCUUUCUGUCCCGGCUCUCUUCCUCAGUACCCCAGCUGGAUGGCUGCGAGACCGCAUCGGUCUUGCUCUUCAUGCUGUAUUUCACGUCCUUGUUGGAGUCGCUGGGAAUGACCAUUUCCCCUGGGCAACUUUGCAGCAUCGGGGUCCUGCGUUAUACAUUUCAUCUAUAAUCUGCCUCGGUGUUCUGACCUUUUGUGACUGGUGUUGGUCCUGUGGAACCCUAGCUUCUGUUCAAGCUUAUGAGAACGCGACUCCGGGCAUUUUUGGACCUCGCGGGGGCCUCUCUCGUGUUUAUACUAUGACUGACGUAGCUGCCACCAGCAGGAUGACCAUUGGCCCAGCCAUCUCUGGAUUCCUCCGGGAAAAGUUUGGCUACACUUCCAUGAAUUAG